AUGGGGUGGUCUUGGUUCAUCCUGGUCCUUUUAGGUCUUGUCCAAAUAACAGUCGUCUAUGCACAGCUGGUCACCGGACCAACAGCCCAGGGACUUGUGGAUGCAGCCCUCGACGCCCUCGGAGGUAGAAUAACUUUCCAUGCACCAAGCAUCUACCGAUCGCGAUCACUUAUGCAAAGCUACCAGCUUACGAGGGCCGACACAUCGGUCAUGACAUCUGGGUCCCAGAACAUCCCUUAUAGGCUUGAUGCUGAGGUUUUGCAGCAGAGAAUUGACCGUCAUGCGACCCCUUCAAAUUCGUGGGCUUGGGGUUCGCCUGAUCUCAAACCAGUUGACUUUUCUCUUGUUGUACAAGACGGAGCAGAUGGUUUUGCAUGUUAUACCAAAGGAAACAACAUGAUACAUGUUCCAUAUAAUGUUACAUUCGGCUACACUGAUGCUGCUCUCACUCGAAAUCUCAUCAUGGAGGCUCGGAUGUUGUCCCCUCAUCUUGUAUAUCGCAUGAGAAACUCCACGUCUGUGUCUGUGAGCAACUUGGAGAUAAAUGGAGUCUAUUUCCAAGCCGAACUCGAGCUCGCAGCGUCUCAGUGCUGUUGUAGAGACUUUCGCAUCGAAGAAGUCACUCUGAAUCCGGACUUUCCCGCUGGAUACUUCGAUGGAAUUCCUGAAGAUCAGAGCUUGGGACCUAAGACCCCACCUGAAAAAUCCUCCCUUAUCUCCAACGGCCUUGUGACUGAUUACAGCUCCAGUAUGCUCGGCUCAGGUAUCGCUCAACAGCCAUUGAAGAUCGUUAGAGCGGAAAACCCAGUCCGCGGCCUAUCUCAGGUACACUGGCUUGUUCUCAACGACAGGGAUGACCUCGGGUUCAAGAUGGUCAUCAUUGAGUUUGACAAGGAAGUGAUUCUUUGCGAUGCGCCACCAGAUUGGAGCGACACUAUCAAACAAUGGGUGUCAGAGAAUCUCAAGAAACCCAUCACUUUCGUUGCACCUUCACAUCAUCACCGGGACCACUCUGGUGGAAUUCGCGACUUCGCCCAAGCCGGUGUCAAGUCAAUUAUCCUCGAGAUCGCUGUAGAUCAUUGGUCUAGUGUUUGUGCAGCUAGUUUCAUCACAUUCAAUCAAAGCCAUCCUUAUACGCAUACCGACGGCACAAUCACGGCUUGGUUCAACUGGGAGGCCCAAACAGCACAUGCUUCUGAUUGGACUUAUGUCUUUUUUACGGAGCUAUGUGCUUCUGCCGACUCACCCGUGAUUGCAUUUGAAGCCGAUUCUUGGAAGGCUGGGCUGGAUGCUGAGCUUUCAAACCAGGGCCAGACGAGACAGUGGUUAGACCAGAUUGUCUCGGAUGGUCUACCUCAGCACACAAUAGUCUUCCCUUCUCAUGGAAAAAUAACUCCGUUGGAGCAGCUCCUUGAGAUUACAGCCUACCUGUAUCCCAAUUUUGAUGUUACGAACUGGAGAAAUGGAGCGGCAAUCUGUAUCUAUGAAUGA